AUGAUUACAAGGGCGAAAGAUGAAAUUUUCAAACCAAAAGUUUGGGUCAAUUACACCGUGCAAGAUUGGACUUGUACCGAACCUACUCGGGUGAAAGAUGCAUUGGAUACACCACAAUGGAAGGCAGCAAUGGAGGCUGAAUUUAUGGCCCUCAUGAGCAAUAAAAUGUGGCAUUUUGUUCCCUCCUCUCUUUCUCUUAACGUUGUUGGUAGUAAAUGGAUAUUUCAAAUCAAGCAUAAUUCGGUCAUUCAGUGGUACAAGGCUCGAUUGGUAGCUAAAGAAUUUCAUCAAAAUCUCGGGAUAGACUUCUUUGAAACAUUCAGUCCCGUUUUGGAGGCUUCAACCAUUCGAGUUGUUCUCACUCUUGUUGAGACAAAUGAAUGGGCACUUCGAAACCUUGAUUUUAAUAAUGCGUUCUUAAAUGGACGACUGGAUGGAGAUGUGUACAUGCAACAACCACCUGAAUUUGAGGAUCCUAACUAUCCACAGUGCCUCGAGCUUGGAACAAUACUUUAA